AUGACCUGCAACGAGUCACCACCAGUAUCCCGCGUUGACUUUUCGGGGCUCAAGCGUAUUACAGAUAGGGCAACCUUGUUAUCAAAUUCAAACCUAAUGAUGCCUUGUGAUCACUCCAUUGCUUCCAAAAGUGAGGGUGGCUACUUUAGUAAUGAGAGUAGCUUGAGUUUUAGGGAAACCAUUAAGCAGCCAAGCGAGGAGUAUGAGCCAUCUGUAACUAGUGACAGGAACUCACCCUCACCAAUUCCAAUGGAGGUUGAAGAAAGUACUUGUAAUGUUCAAGUGAUUGAUAAGUUCAACGCGAGAGAACCAAAUGGUGAACUGGACCCUGUGGAAGACUUUGUGUCAAUUGCAAUGGAUGUUGAAGGUGAGGGUGUGGAUGAAUCUGGGCUGAAUCAAAAUUUGCUCAGGGAACCGCCUGAGGACAGAGUGUCCCAGGAAAAGAAAAUCAAUAGAACAAGCAGGCAGAGUGUUACUGAAUUGCGUAGCAUACCACUUUGGGGAUUUACGUCUAUCCGUGGAGGAAGACCAGAGAUGGAAGAUGCUGUUGCUACUGUCCCUAGAUUUAUGCAAAUUCCCACUCAAUUCUUGAUCGAUGACAGUGUUUCCCAAGGCAAGAAUCAAAGUCUUGGCCACUUCACUGCCCAUUUCUUUGGCGUUUAUGAUGGACAUGGGGGCUCUCAGGUUGCUGAUUAUUGCAGCAAGCGCCUGCAUUUGGCUUUGGCCGAGGAGAUUGAACUUGCAAAAUCAAGCUUCUGUGACGACAGCACUUGGAAUAGCUGGCAGGACCACUGGAAGAAAUUAUUCGCAAAUUGUUUCCUAAAAGUUGAUGCUGAGACAGGAGAAUCAAGCAGAGGUGCUACAGGAAGCAAUGGCGGCAGUAAACCGAUUGCCACCGAAACUGUCGGUUCUACAGCAGUAGUUGCCAUUGUUUGCCCAACUCAUAUUAUAGUUGCAAAUUGUGGUGAUUCAAGAGCAGUUCUGCAUCGCGGAAAGGUGGCCAUGCCAUUGUCAGCAGACCACAAACCAGAUAGAGAAGAUGAACGCGCAAGAAUAGAGGGUGCAGGAGGCAAGGUCAUACAGUGGAAUGGUUCUCGUGUUUUUGGUGUUCUUGCAAUGUCAAGGUCCAUUGGUGACAGAUACUUGAAACCGUGGAUUAUUCCAGAUCCAGAAGUAACGUUUAUUCCUCGAACAAAAGAAGACGAGUGCCUAAUCUUAGCAAGUGAUGGUUUGUGGGAUGUCAUGACAAACGAGGAGGCCUGUGACAUUGCACGAAAAAGAAUCCUUCUUUGCCAUAAAAGGAAUGGCGAUACCCUGCCUGCGCAAAGGGGUGGAGGAGUCAAUCCUGCUGCUCGUGAAGCAGCAGAGCGCCUCUCGAAGCUUGCUCUCCAGAAGGGAAGCAAAGACAAUAUCGCAAUUAUUGAAACCACAUUCCUCGAUGUUUCUUACAAACCAAAAGCCUCCUUGAAAGUUCAAACCGCAAGCUAUCUCUUCCAUGGUAUGGCAUGCACUAAGUAUUCUGACACUGGGAUGUUUUGUGAAUAG